GCCGCGGGCCCGUGCGUGCAUGGCCGUACCGCGGGAGCUGCGCGCCGCCCCGGCGCUGCCGCCGCCCGCCGCCGCCGCCGGCGCGCCCUCGUUCGGCGCGGCCCGCGCGCUGGUGGCGCGGCGCCACUCGUGCCUGGUGGCGGCGGCUCACCGGCGGCACGUGGCGCUGCCCCCGCGCUUCCUGGGCCGCAAGCGCUCCGGCAUCCGCGCGCAGCUGGACGCGGAGCUCCUGCGCUACUCCGAGAGCCUGCAGGGCGUGCCCGUGGCGUACGACAACAUCAAAGUGGUGGGGGAGCUCGGCGACAUCUACGAUGAUCAGGGGUUCAUCCACCUGGACGUGGAGGCGGACUUCAUCAUCUUCAGCCCCAAGAAAGGGAAGAAGCUGGUGGGUGUAAUUAAUAAAGUAGCCCCUAGUCACAUUGGCUGCCUGAUACAUGGGUGCUUCAAUGCAUCUAUCCCCAAGCCUGAACAAAUGUCCCCUGUACAGUGGCAAGAGCUGGGGUUAAAAAUAGGGGAUGAACUGAAAUUUCAAGUGUUGCACUUGGAUUCUGAUACAGCUGGGGUGUUCUUCAUUCGAGGAGGACUCACUAAAAGCAGCAUGCGGCCCAAAAAAUCUGCUGCAGUCCCUGAAAAUACAAAUGGGGAUGAAAUUCAAAAUCUUGAACACCAGGAAAAUGGCCUGAAUAACUGUGGAGAAGAUAAUGUCACUGAAGAGCCUUUAAAUGAGAUGGGUAACCUUGAGAGGGAAAAUGGAGAGCCAGGUGCUGAUGCUGUGAAUGGAUUAUGUGAUGACAAAAAGAAGAAGAAGAAAAAGAAAAAAGAUAAGGACAAGGACAAACAAGGAGAACAGGAACUUGUAUUGCCUACCAGUGACUCCAGUGGUUACCAAAGUGACCAUAAAAAGUCAAAGAAAAAGAAAAGAAAGCAUUGUGAUGAAGUUGAAGAAAGUGAAUUAUCUCAGCUGUCAGAAGAACCCAAAGCAAAAAAGAAAAGGACUAAGAUCUGAAGUGUCUUCCCUGCAUUACAUUUCAGAUGUUUUUGAUAAGUUUCAAUAAAACCCUGUUUUGAAAAUGUG